CUUAAAUUCCUUGGCUGCCACAUCUUCGUUUGGAUCAUGUGAUGCUGUGCCACGCGUCGGUCCCACAGUGGAAACAAUCACCCUCAUUUAACACGUGUAGUCCUUUCUGCUUGCCACCGCCAUGCAUGCGGCGGCGGCGGUCACGUACCCUUAUCCCCAGCUAGCUAGCUAUUCAUCUUUAAGAAUGAACUUCAAUCAAUUCUUCUUACCUCAGUUUAUCCUAUUUCUCGUAGUAAUAAAGAUUCAUUAUCGAUCUUCUAUCUCAACCAACACGAAACAAUAGAAUGGAUGAGACACAGAUUCUUCGAGGGCAUGAUGAAGGUCAAACCCACGGUAGAGGCGGUGUGGUGCGCCCAUCAGUGAUCCAGGAGGAAGAGAGUGGUGGUCAUGACGAGCAUCAUCAUGACAAGAAAUCCGUGCUGAAGAAAGUGAAGGAGAAGGCCAAGAAGAUAAAGGACACCCUCAAGCAUCACGGCCAUGCCCACGAUCACGACGGUGAUGAAUCACUCGAGGACGAUGAUGAAAUGGAGGUUGACCCAGACGUCCAUGGUGGUCAUAUUGGCGGUGAUAGUGCGAUUGGCGGUACUGCCAUACGCCACAAAACCCUUGAUGAUUUUGGACAUGUGGAGAAGCCAAUCGUUAAACCAACUAGUCCCAGGAAAGAUCAUCAUGGUUUAGGGUUGAAAGACGAAGGAAUUAUCAAACCUGGUGAAGAACUAGAGUCCAAACAUACCAGAGGAAUCACCCGUGUGCCUUUACAUAAGCACAAUCAACCGUCUGUUCCUGAACCUACUAAUCAAAGUUCUGCCCAUAGAAACCCUGGAGAUCUUUUGCAGCAGCAGCCUGAGGUGUCGAAAAUUGGUGCACCCGUCGGUCUUGAGGAGGAUCCUCAAGCCCCCUCGAACCAUCCCCGCGCGCCUUCAAACUAUCAGAGUAAAACUAUUGAUCCAACUGGUGCGGGAGGUGUGGAGGCUGGGAUUAGUCCGCUAAUUCAGUCAUUUGAGAAUAUGGAAGUUGGUAAGCCAGAAUCAAGAACAACAACCGGAAGCCAUGACCAGUUUGCUCCGGAUCAAUCUGCGGCUGUAGACUCUAUGUCUUCAAAAGACACUGAAUCAAUCCCGAAGAGAUUUGAUCCCAGCAAACCUGAAGACCUUCCGGUUGAUCCAGUUAAUGGGAGACCAUCAGCUCCACAAGGAGGAAGCUAUGCUGGGAGAAGUGCCGAGUAUGCAAAGAGUGCAGCAAUUGCAGUGGCUGAGAAACUAGCACCAGUCUAUGAGAGGGUUGCAGGUGCUGGAAGUGCUGUGAUGGAAAAACUUCCUCUACCAGGUGGGAGUGGACAGCGGGUAAAGGAAACAAGCAGAGAUGAAUAUGACCAGCAGGGAGGAGGAAAGAGCGUUACAAGCACAGUGAAAGAGAAACUAGCACCUGUUUAUGAUAAAGUAACAGCUGCAGGAAGUACAUUGAUGUCGAAAGUUCAAGGCCCGGGAAUAGGACAGGCUAUAGUGAAAGAAGGAAAUGAGGAAAAUGUUAAGAGCGACAAAGGAGUGUCUAUGAAGGAGUACUUGGCAGAAAAAUUAAAGCCCGGGGAGGAAGACAAAGCACUGUCUGACAUGAUUUCGGGAACCCUUUCAAGACAGAAGGCGGAGAAAACAGGGGAAACUGGGAAAGAUAUUAGGCCAAUGGGUAGAGUGACUGAAUCCAAGAAAGUUGCAGAGAGAUUGGGUCCUCUUGAUGAUACGCCAAAAGAAGGAAGUGAAGAGAAGGGAAUGGUGGAUAUGUUGAAAGGUGCAGUUAACUCAUGGCUUGGGAGAGACGAUGAGUUGAGGGCUGCCACACAUCACACAGAUGAAAAAACGGUUGGAGUCUCCAGAGCUGAAGAGGUUCAUGAUGAGAAUGCAGUGGGUGAGAGAAGAAGACUUCAGGAAUCUGGGCAGUGAACAACAUUAUAUAUAUGGUCUAAGAAGGGAUUUGUUUUUGUGG